GAAUCCUUUGGUAACACUGACUACCACAAAUCUCUGUGGUACUAUACGAUUUUAUUUAACACAUUUAAUCAACAAAUACGUUUCCUAUUUUCAUUACGCAUGAAGGUUACUUUUAUUGAAACCUCAAUCUGCUUUAAUAUCGUGCCUAUUAUACAUUAAGAACAAUGUCUUAUCAAUUAUAUCGAAACACAACAUUAGGUAAUACGUUACAAGAAAGCCUCGAUGAACUGAUACAGUAUGGACAAAUCACGCCUCAAUUAGCAAUUAAAGUGCUAUUACAAUUUGAUAAAGCAAUAAACCAAGCACUUGCAACUAGAGUAAAAUCAAGACUCACAUUUAAGGCUGGUAAGUUGAACACUUAUAGAUUUUGUGACAAUGUAUGGACCUUCAUGCUUAAUGAUGUUGAAUUUCGUGAAGUUCAAGAAGUUGCAAUCGUAGAUAAAGUUAAAAUUGUUGCUUGUGAUGGAAAAACAUUAGAUGGAGAUGCAGCAGCAAAACGAUAACAUCACUUUUUUUAUAUGACUAUAACUAAAAAGUACUAAAUAUAAAAAAAUUUCGUAAUAGAUAAUAAUCAAAACAA